AUGUGCCAUGUCUACGGCACGGACUGCGAGUUUCCACCAUCGCCUCGAAGCGCCGGCCGUGCACCGCUCAACCCCGGAAAAGUUCAGAAAUCCUACCGCGCCCCGCAGUCCAACACGCCCUGUCGACGUGAACCUCUUGCGCCAUCCAAGGUGCAUGCAUCCCAGGGCGGUAUACGGACCUCCUCGUCUCCACCGAUGAGCACUACGUCUAGUUCGGGCCCCAAAGCUGUGCUCGAUCCGCAUAACACUCACUUGAUGCUGGCACUCGACAGUCCCGAGGACGAGGACAACUCUCACAUCAUUGGUCCAGCGGUCACGAAUGACACGCAAGUCCUAGCGGACUACCUCAGUUCCGAGCCCAGUAUCCACGAGCGGAUGAUUCGAGUGGUCAAGCCCAGACCAGGCGUUCAGACGGGCCAGAUGCCCAGUUCCACGGUGUUGGGUGGCGUGCGGAAGCCUGUUAUUUUCACAGCAGUCCGAAAACGUCCAUUUGGUCUUUCGCCGAGGCAGACAGCGCCGUUGCAGAAGUAUCAAAUUGUGGAGAAGAUGUUAGAGCCAUGGAUAUCAGCGUUGAUAGAUCUGUAA